CUCGCUCAGCAUUAUGGAUCCAAGCCUGUUGAGAGAAAGGGAGCUGUUCAAAAAGCGAGCUCUUUCCACUCCUGUAGUAGAAAAACGCUCAGUGUCUUCUGAGUCAUCGUCGUCAUCAUCAAAGAAGAAAAAAGCAAAGGUAGAACAUGGAGGAUCAUCAGGCUCUAAACAAAAUUCUGAUCAUAGCAAUGGAUCAUUUAACUUGAAAGCUCUAACAGGAAGCUCUGGAUAUAAGUUUGGUGUUCUUGCUAAGAUUGUGAAUUAUAUGAAGACACGACAUCAGCGAGGAGAUACACAUCCUCUAACUUUAGAAGAAAUUUUGGAUGAAACACAACAUUUAGAUAUUGGACUCAAGCAGAAACAAUGGCUAAUGACUGAGGCAUUAGUCAACAAUCCCAAAAUUGAAGUAGUAGAUGGGAAAUAUGCCUUUAAGCCCAAGUACAAUGUGAAAGAUAAGAAAUCCCUGCUCAGACUCUUAGAUCAGCAUGACCAGCGAGGAUUAGGAGGAAUUCUUUUAGAAGACAUAGAAGAAGGACUGCCCAAUUCCCAGAAAGCUGUCAAGGCUUUGGGGGACCAGAUACUAUUUGUAAGUCGUCCUGAUAAGAAGAAAAUACUUUUCUUCAAUGAUAAGAGCUGCCAGUUUUCUGUAGAUGAAGAAUUUCAGAAGCUGUGGAGGAGCGUCACUGUGGAUUCAAUGGAUGAGGAGAAAAUUGAAGAAUAUCUGAAGCGACAGGGUAUUUCUUCCAUGCAGGAGUCUGGACCAAAGAAAGUGGCCCCUAUUCAGAGAAGGAAAAAGCCUGCUUCACAGAAAAAGCGUCGAUUUAAGACUCAUAACGAACACUUGGCUGGAGUGCUGAAGGAUUACUCCGACAUUACUCCUGGCAAAUAAGGAACAGUUUUGCCCCUGAACAGUGAGCUUUGGAUACACAGUCAAGAUCUUUCUUGUUGAUGCUUGGGGUCUGAAGACUGACUGUCUUCCAUUCUGCUUCCCAGGACUGAGGAGAGGAGCCAGCUCAGUUUACAGAACAAGUGCCGAUACCAACCUCAAAGCUUAUUUUAACUGAAUGGGCAAAUGAGAAACGAUUUCCCUGUCACCCUUCUGUUCCUUCCUGGGAGAAAGGCACUGAGCAUGGCAUGCAGGUGUCCUUGCUGUUUAUCUCUAUUUCUACAUGGGUCCUGGUUCCAUUCUCCCUCUUUUAUUACUUUUAGAGCAAGUUUGCAGAUAGUCUUGGUGGCAAUAUUUGUUUAUUCCAAAAGAACAUAUUUAUAAUAAAAUCAUUGUAGAUGGAUUUUUAUGAUGUUAA